AAUACACAAUUUUGGAUGGGCUCGGCUGGUCUCUCCUAUUAAUUCCUGUGUCAGUGCCCUUCUCUGUUGACGGCUCAAACUCUGAUAAACAAAACGAAAAAUCGAUGGAUCCAGACGCUGUAGCCAAGGCUUUUGUCGAUCACUACUACUCCACAUUCGAUGCGAACCGGGCCGGUUUAGCCAAUCUCUACCAGGAACGUUCCAUGUUGACCUUUGAAGGUCAAAAGAUCCAAGGCUCUCAGAGCAUUGUCGCUAAGCUAACCAGCCUUCCUUUCCAGCAGUGCAAGCACAAUAUUACCACCGUCGAUUGCCAGCCAUCUGGCGCUGGCGGCGUCCUCGUUUUCGUCUCUGGAACACUACAACUUGCCGGCGAACAACAUGCUCUCAAGUUUAGCCAGAUGUUUCAUUUGAUGCCAACACCACAAGGAAGCUUUUAUGUGUUGAAUGACAUAUUCAGGUUAAACUACGCGUGAAGAAACAGAAAUCACUACAAUUAAUCAGAUUUUUGUUUCCAUUUGAGAGAUUGGCAGAGCUCGCGAGUCUUGGCUUGGUUUGGUACUUUUGUUUCCAGUAUUGAGGUUGGAUAUUGUUGUUGGUAUCGAAUUGCUUUUCUAUUUCCAUCUUAGUAUUUUCUUUUCUUUUAUAACCACUAAAUUUAAUUACUGAAAUUGGUGGUGGAACUUCCAUCAGUUUUAUAGAUAAUGGAUGAUCAGAGCUCACAACUUAUAUUUCGGAAGCAGGCACGGUAGAAGCUGUUUAGUAUAUAAAAUUUUGUUUUUAUAUUAUAGCAUUUCAUUGGUUUUUUUUAUCUUGUAUGAUGCAUGAAUUUUUUAUUUUUUUAUUUUUUAUUUUUUUGAGAAAUAAGGAACAAGUAUUAUUUGGCAGUUAAA